AUGUGGUACGACGCCAUCGGCCUGGCCGAGACGAGAAGACGCCAGCCUUUCAACGCCGUCUAUGUCACCGGAGAAGAACUGUUCCUCGGACCAUACGACAAUAGAGGAGUCUGUGGCGCCGGCGUUCUCGUCAACGCGAGUUUGUCCAUGAACAUCGAUUCAUUCGAACAACUUGCAACCCGAGUCGGACGUUUACAAUUAAGAAGACAUGGAUCAAUUCCUGCUUUGACGAUCUUCCUCGUUCACGUUCCGACAUCAAACUAUGACGAAGAAGAAGUCGAAGCGUUCUAUAUGGACUUGGAGAAGUUCUACAGAGAAGACCACACAUUCUUCAAGGUCAUCAUUGGAGAUAUUAACGCCAAGACUGGACCGAGAAAAACGUUUGAAGAACGUCACAUUGGGACCCACGGAUUAGAAUGGAACGAACAGGGUGAGCGGCUAUCUAAGUUUAUCAUGGCGACCAGUACAAUCCAUGGCAACUCGCAAUUCCAGAAGCUCCACCCUCAGCGCUGGACGUGGGAGUCUCCCAAUGGAGAGUACCAUAACGAAAUAGACCACAUCAUAGUAAAUAGAAGGUUUUGCCUAACCGAUGUCGCUGUUGUUCCAAAAUUCUACACGUGA